UGAUUACAGAACUCCGUAUUCCUUUCAUCGCCGCCUGCCGCCGCUUCCUCUGUCCAUCUAGCGCACCAGAAAUUGCGUUGCAUCUUCCUCUUCACCGUCGAGUGAACCCUUUUGAUUUACUCCUCUUUUGAUUUACUCCUCUUCCUCUUCGUCACCGCUCUGUUUCAAUGUGUCAUCCUCAAUGACGUUUUCCCAUUCUCAGUCUCUACUUCUUGCAAUUCAUUCUUCUCUCUGAUUCAUGACUCAUUCUGAAAUUUGAGUCAUUGCUAAGCUUAUAACACUUCUUCUAGGAAAUUUAAUUUUGUUAGGUCACAAUGAUGUAAUUGGCUUGUAUUUGCUGAGUUUGAUUCUACGGUUGUUCAAAUUUAUUUCAAUUUUGUUGUGGUUUGUCCCAAGUAUAGUGAAACAAAGAACAAUUCCAUCAUACAGUGGCCUCUAGGAUGGACGGCGGCGGCGGAGAUAAGAGAAAGAGGGAGUUCGGUACAAGUGAAGGGAAAAUUGAAAAGUCACAUAUCAGAGUAGAUGCAUUCUUCUACGGAGUACUAGUUUUGUGAAGUUUUGAUCUCAAUUCUUAAAUCAUUUUUUUACACGUGUCAUGUAUCCAUGCAAUUAAUAGGCUAAAUGGAGGACACACUAAAUGGAGGAACCUGAACUCAUUUGGAAGGUGUUUACAAGAAACAUGGCGGUGGUUCUUUUUGGUUGUUUGUUGUUCUUCCUAUUUUCUUUUUAAUUUUUAUUGAAAAAAAAAAUAUAAAAGCUAGAUCUAUUUUUUUUUUCCGGGACAUAUAGCAUUUCUCUAGAAAAAAUCCAGAUAGUAUACCCGCUCCGCUUCUCCUCCCACUCUAGUGUGUGUAACUGCCGGCUACGCUUGUCUCACCGGUGAUGGCGAAGCUUUCUCCCUCUCUGAAACGCUCCGGCGACCGCACAACAGCAACUAUAUUAGAAUCAGAAGAAUUUGUAUCUCACUUUGACAUUGAAGUUGUAUUGGUCAAAGCAAUAAAUACUUUCUGUUGCAGUUGUAUUUCUCGGUGUCUUUCUAGCUCUCUGUAACAGGGUUUAGGCUCAAUGUUCUAUCUCAGUAAGAUCGAGCAUAAAUUGACCCUGCCUCCUUAUCUUCUUACCCUUCCCAUUCGAGAAGCCAUACUCUCGGAGCUUGAAAGGCUUUUCUUGGAUAAGGUUAUUGCAAAAUUGGGCCUUUGCAUAUCUGUUUAUGAUAUCAUAUCCAUUAAAGGAGGGUCCGUCUUCCCCGGUGAUGGUGCUCCAACCUACCUGGCGGUAUUUAAUUUGAUUAUGUUUCGUCCAUUUACGGGGGAUAUUAUUACUGCAAAACUAAUUAGAUCUGAUGCUAAUGGCUUACGCUUAUCCCUUGGAUUCUUUGAUGACAUUUAUAUUCCUAAACAUCACAUGCCCGACCCAAGCCACUAUGUAUCAACAACUAGUACCAGUAAAACAGGCACAUGGUAUUGGGAUUACGGCGAAGAAUCAUUUGCUAUUGGUGAUUCUGAAGAGGUUAGACUCCUUUUUCUUUUAUCUCAACUGUAUGCUUGGACAAUAAAGCUGAAAUGAAGUUUUGGUUACCAAUGUGGCAGAUCAAAUUCGCAGUUUAAAGUGUGAGUUACCCACCUAUUCCAGUUGAGCAACCAAAAGACUCAAAGCCAUUUGCCCCAAUGGUGGUUAAUGGAUCAUUAAAUCAGGAUGGUCUGGGCCCUAUUGCUUGGUGGUAAUGAAUUCCUUCCCAGGUUUUAUUCAUUUUCAAGAUUACAAUUAGAAGAGAUCAGUCCUUUGGAUCGAAGAAAUGUGGUCGUUAUUUAAUGGUUUGCUCAUGUCCCUGUGGACAACCAUGGAAUGCGAUUUGAUGAAUUUCAUUUUUCGGUUGCUUUGUAGAGUAUUUAGUUUAAUUGGAUUUUAAUUUUAUUGGGAACUCAUACAUCCUGGAUAGCUACUACCAUGUUGUAAGAAAGAUAGUUGGUACCCAUA